UCGAAGUUACAUUCAACAAUCGGCGAGUUGCCUCUUGCCUUGCCUUCGGCCAACGCUUUUGCCGGCCUCUCUCAGUCCGCUUCAUCCGUUGAGCAGUGAGCUCCUCGUUCCGUAACCAAGCUGCGAAGGCCGCACACGUGAAACGUCAAAACAUAACCUACCACCAUGCCCCUUUCUGUUGCUUUUUGUUGAUGACUUUUGGUCGUGACUGUUUUGUUCUGUUUCCUCUAUGUUGGUGUCGAUGUGCCAUUUUGUGUUCUGUGUCCAGUUUUGCGAUCACUAUGAUCGCCGUGUUUUGUGACUGUUGUCCGUAGAUUUUUGUGGUUUUGGAGCUACGAUCAUCUUCAGGGUCAUUCUGGCGACGAUGUCCAGACGCAAGCAAAGUAACCCUAAGCCUCUGAAAAAUGAAACUCUGGAGAAACUACCUUUGGAUUACUGCAACGAAGGCGAGAAUAAAAAAGGUGAGGAGCAGGACUGGGCGAGUAAUACCAACAAUGCUGACACGCCAGAGACUGCAUCGCCAUCUUCCCCGGUUGCUAAGGCCAAAUCACCAGAAGUUUCGGAAGAAGAAGCCACCAAACCGAAGGUCGACAAGAGCGAUGGUGAAGAUUCCAGCCAACCAAGGAUAAGGCUCAAGGCUAACUUAGCUACUGAUCCUGCUCAGCAUCCACAGUUGCUGUCGCUGGCAAAUUCGAAACCUGAGCUAGAAAUCACGACUUCGCCCAGCGAGUAUCUCAACAAACUCCCUCCAGUAGUCCAGUCAGCUUUCGCUAGAGGGUUUUUCUUACCCACGGCUCUACAACCCCCCGAACCCCCAGUAAGGCCAGACUCGGCAGACGCUGCAAGACCACCAGCUGUGCAAGUGUUCAUUUGUCCACCUUGUGGUAUCCGAUUUUCCAAUUUGAGUACUCUGGAAGCUCAUCAAACUUUUUACUGUUCGCAUAGACAAAACAAAGCCGAUGAAGAAGCCAAAACUAAUAGUGGAGUAGAACCAAGUGGCAGCCAGUCGGAUCAAGAUGGCUUGGAACCAUCUUCUAAAAGUAUAAGAACAGGCAAACAAUACACAUGCACCCAUUGCUCAUAUAGCGCUGAUAAGAAAGUGAGCCUUAACCGCCAUAUGAGGAUGCACACAGUUUCUCCUAGUCCAACUAAUGUGAGUGUAAAUAGUCAAGAUGCUGAAAACGAUCGAUACUGCGCAGAGUGUGACAUCAAGUUCAGCAAUCAAAAAAAUUAUCGCGCUCACAAAUUGCACUAUUGUAACUCCCGGCACGUUAACAAACCAGCCACGGUAUCAUCCAAACCUGCCUCUAACACAUCAAGCUCAUCUCCGGCUUCCCCUGUGGAUACAACUGGUAGAAAUCCAGCUUCACCGAAUGGUUUCCCACCACAACAACCUUUCUUGGCCUUACCGACAAACCCAAUAAUAAUAGUGCCAUAUUCUUUAUUCAAGAGUGCGAGUCUCCUUCCUGGUUUCAUACCACAGUCUGUUGGAAUGCCAAACGCAGAAACCCCCUGUUUUCUCCUACCGAAUGGUCAGCUUCAACCGAUGACUCCCUCUAUCACCACGAACCCUGCGGAAGUCUUGAAAACAAUCAAUAAGGUCAAGGACGCUGUGAUAACGAAGGAAAACUCUUCUGCGCCCCUGGAUCUGAGUGUGAAGAAGCCUUCGGAAAAGAAUUCGUCGAAUGACAAUGAGAACGAGAAGGAGAAUAUGAAACAUUUUCCACCUUCACCUGAGAAAAUCGAAUGUGUACCUUCCAUCCCGAAUUCUCCACCGUCCACACCUCGGUCUCAGUGUGGAGCUUCACCGGCUCUCAGUGUUUCCCCGAAAAGGAAACAUGAUAAUGAAACCUCCAGGAGUAAUAGUCCAAGAAUGCCAAGAUCUAAUCCAAAAUCGAAUAUACACCUCGAGAAACCACAUGCUAGUCCUGACACAAACAUUCCAUUCGAUAUUGCUGCUUCAAUUCAUCCUUUCCUUCUGCAUCCUGGAUCGCUAGCUCUAUUUUCCCCUGAAGUUCAGAUGCGUUUAGCGGCAGAGAUACCGCCAGUUCCACCUGUCGCCCCUCAGGUUCUGGUGAAGCAGGGUGUUUCCAAAUGCAAAGAAUGUAACAUCGUGUUCUGUAAACACGAGAACUAUCUGAUCCACAAGAAACAUUACUGCUCGGCAAGGACGCAGGAAGACGAAGCUUCGAAAACGUCGGGAAGCCCACCAGUCAGUCCAAGAAGUAACGACACAUCUAGUCCUGCUACUCAGUACCAACAGCUCAUCUGUGUCGCUUGCGGAAUCAAAUUCACCUCUUUGGAUAACCUGAACGCGCAUCAAGCCUACUACUGUUUGAAACGGGCUGAUGUUGAUGUCAGAAGAUGCACCAAAUGCCGAGGUAUCAUGGAACCGGGCCACCAUUGUCCUGUUGCUGGAUGGAAGUGUCCUUGUUGCGAUGUGGUCAGCCCCACGUCCAACGCGGCUCAAAGGCACAUGGAGACACAUACUGGAGUGAAGGCAUACAGAUGUGCUAUCUGCAGAUACAAGGGGAACACUUUGAGAGGGAUGAGGACACAUAUCAGGAUGCACUUUGAGAAGAGAUCACCUGAUUUACAGGAGGAGAAAUAUAUAACUUAUAUAUUAGAAGACGACAGCUCUCAACCCCUGGAAAUGAACGUCAGCAGUGGGUCGGUGAUCCAGAAUACUUCAGAUGAACGGGAAAUAUCACCAUCAGCUGAUUCACGCCCUGACAGCGCACCACAUCAGUGCAAUCAGUGCUCCUAUAGUUCGCCUUACAAGGCGAACCUAAUACGACACGUCAAAAUGGUUCACAACAACGCACCACCCCAACAAUUCGAACCAUCGGUACCUGUGAACGGCUCCUCCAAGUCGAUGCCCAAUCUGGAAGACGACGAAGAGAUCAAGGUGAAGAAAGAGGCUAUAGAGCCCGAAGUCAUCAUAGCCCCUGUCGACGAGCCCAUAAAACGCGAGGCGUUAGACCCGGGAAACGAAGAGCAGAGGGUUAAGACAGAACGGGAGGAGGAACUGUUACAGGAGGGUUCGAAGGCCGGUCCGAAAUACUGCAAAUCCUGCGACAUAUCCUUCACCUACUAUUCCACUUUCAUAGCGCAUAAAAAGUUCUACUGUUCGAGUCACGCGGGAGAAAUGACAGCGUCUUCUACGAACAACAACAAUAACGCCCCUAGCAGAACUACGGAAACUUCAGUUCAGUGAAACGAGUGAGGUUUUCACUUUCGGCAUAAUACUCGUAGUUAUGCAAAGUCACAGGCCAGUUGAGUGUUAAAAGUAAUUGAAUUCUCAAGAACUGAUUGUAGGAUUUUAUUCUGUAGAAGAGGAGUCAAAUAAUCUCGUGAGCAUUCGGCAAUUUCUCUCGAAUAUGUUAUAAAGAUCUACAGGAAUAAUGUAGACUGUUCAAUCUCCAAACAAGUAUACCAAUAUCAUAAUUAUAAUAAUGUAUAGUUAAAAUAAUGUACUUAUUGGACAUGUAUGUAAAAUGUUUAUUGAUUAAUUAUUAUCAUCAUUUGUAAAAAUGUAUCUUUAGCUUUGUUUUGUACAAAAUGUUUAUAAUUUUAAGUGUUGAUGUUUCAAAAAUAUUUGCCAAAGCGUUUUGUGUAUAUUUUUCGUGGUCAGAGAAAUACUACUAUAAGCAAUUAUUAUAAUUACACCUUCAUAUCAGUUACGAUAGGUUUUCGAAUAAAAAUGACGCAAUGGGUGCAGUAAAAAACAAUACAUAUUUGACUCGACAUAAUAGUACACCAGAAUUGCUCCUCGAUACACUUUGCACUCUAAUCGUAAACAAACGGAAUCAAUUUGUGAUAUCUGAUACCUUACUGCACCCACAGCUUCAAAUCAUAGCUGAAUGUAACAGAAAUUUAAUGUUAUUCUCAUCAGGACUGUGUAUUCAACAUCGACACGGUCAGUUUACCCUCUUGAAGACAAUAAAUUAUUUAUUUGUA